AUAGAGGCCAAUGCUCAGGAGCAAGUGCACUUAUAACACCUAGCGCUCACGAGCAAGUGUAUUUUUAAACUGAUUUCCUGAGCAAAGGACACACAUGUUCCAGCCGUUCUGACAAUAGGACGCAGGCAGAAAAGAGCAACAAAAAUGAGAAGGUCGUCUCGUUUGCUUGAGUCAACAGCUUUACUUGUGAUCAGCAUUCUGUGCUUGGUCAUAAUUUUUAUUAAAGAGGACAUUCGUCCUAAAAAACCCUCAAACCAUUUCCAGAUAAACAGGAGGGAAUCAACCUAUCAAAACAGACCUCAGAAUCCAACCAGUGAGAGCGCAGGUGUUUCUACCUGGGGCCAUUGUGAACGGAAUGAGUCUGCGGCCAAUGUGUCAGGGUUUUCCUCUCUGCCAGUUCACAUCCAAGACUUCCUUUUCUAUCGUCACUGCCGCCACUUCCCAAUGCUGCUGAAUGUACCUGAUAAAUGUGGAGGCCCUCACAAGUCUGGUGACGUCUUUCUUCUGCUGGUCAUAAAAAGCUCACCUGCGAAUUAUGACCGCCGUGAGGUAUUACGGAAAACCUGGGCCAAGGAGAGACAGCAGAAUGGAGUCUGGAUUCACAGGAUUUUUCUCUCGGGAACAACAGGCACAGGCUUUGAGAAGCGCAAGCUAAAUAAGCUUCUACGACUGGAGAACCGUGAGCAUAAUGACAUCUUACAGUGGGACUUCAACGACUCCUUCUUCAACCUCACCCUGAAGCAGAUUUUGUUCUUAGAAUGGAUGGACAAGAACUGCCGCCAGGCCCGAUUUCUCCUCAACGGUGACGAUGAUAUCUUCGCCAACACAGAUAACAUGGUGGACUACCUUCAGAGUCUAAAAGACAAUGAUGGUGACAAGCACCUUUUUGCAGGUCAUCUAAUCCGCUAUGUAGGACCCAUUAGAGAGUCAGGGAGCAAAUACUAUGUCCCAGUCCAGGUUCAAGAGUCAGACUCAUAUCCCCCUUACUGUGGGGGAGGGGGCUUCCUGCUCUCUGGAAACACAGCUAUGGUCAUUUACAAAAUGACCCAUACCAUUCCCAUUUUGCCAAUUGAUGAUGUCUACAUGGGAAUGUGUCUGGAAAAGGCUGGUCUUGGGCCAGAGUCCCAUUUCGGAGUCAGGACUGCUGGACUUCAUGUCCCCUCCCAAAACGGGGACACUUACGAUCCUUGUUAUUAUAGGGAAAUCAUUUUAGUACACAGAUUUCUGCCUCAUCAGAUAUAUAUUAUGUGGCACGGAAUACAUGAACCUAACUUGAGAUGUAGUAAUUCGCAAGGUUCUCUUUAGCCAUCUGUCUUGUUGAAAUCAGUUGCCUGUUGAGGUUUGUUUUUCCAGUCUUUUUUUUCAAACAUGUGUGAUGUCUGAAAGUUGUUUUUGUUGUUGUAAAUACAGACUCAUUUUAAGAUGUAAAUUAUGGGAUUGAUUGCUUCUUCUGUGUGUAUGUACAUAGAAAUUAUCAAAGUUUAUAUAAUGUAUUGUUUUAAGUCAGUAUCACUUCUUUCUAUUUAAUAAAUGAAAACAUGCAUAUUAAAAAAUAUAUAUGAUAUUGAUUCUAUAUCAAACGCUAAUAAAAUAAAAUGCAUAUUUGAUUUUUGCCAUGUGUAUGGCUUUAGCUCAUUCUGGCGAUUGUUGUUAAGUAAUUGAGGUAAAUAUUAUUGAGUAUAUGUAUAUGUUUAUAAAGUAUAUGUUUUUAUUGUUCAUAAACCCACCGGACCACAAAUAAGCCAUAUUUCACAAUAAUUUCCACUGCAGAUCACCAUAAACAAUGGAUUUCAUGAAUUCAUAUUUUAUUUAACCAGGCAAGUCAGUUCUUAUUUACAAUGACAGCCUACCCCAGCCAAACCCAGAUGACGCUGGGCAAAUUAUGUGCUGCCCUAUAGGACUCAAGGCUGGAUGUGAUACCGCUGCGCCACUUGGAAGCCUACUCAGAAUCUGUCAUCCUUUUCUCUUCAGUACUUCAGCUGUAGCCACACAUUUUAACAUUUAUAGUAUGAAAGUAAUACUAUUAUUACAUAAACCAAGUGGAGACAUGGGACAGCAGGUAACCUAGUGGUUAGAGCAUUGGGCCAGUAAACGAAAGGUUGCUGGAUUGAAUCCCUGAGCUGACGAGGUAAGAAUCUGUUGUUCUGCCCCUGAACAAGGCAGUUAACCCACUGUUCCCCGGUAGGCUGUCAUUGUAAAUAAGAAUCUGUUCUUAACGCACUUGCCUAGUUAAAUAAAAUAACUUUUGGAAGCAUACAAACAACAUUCUGUUAUUACAAGUGCCUGAUACUGUAUUGGCAAAGGGGGAUACUUAGUCAUUUGUUCAACUGAAAUGUGUCUUCCACAUUUAGCCCAACCCCUCUGAAUCAGAGAGGUGCAGGGGGCUGCCUUAAUCGGCAGUGCCCGGGGAAGUGGGUUAACUGUCAUUCUGCUCAGGGGUAGAACGACAGAUUUUUGUCAGCACAGGGAUUUGAUUCAGCAACCUUUUGGUUACUGGCCCAACGCUCUAACCACUAGGCUACAUAAUGUACCUCCCCAUAUUGAGAAUAGAAUAAGUGUAGAAAGGGAACUGACGUACAGUAGGCGGUAUCUUUCCAACGGACACAAGUUUUGUAUUUCUGUGGAUGUUUGGACAAUGAUGUAUCUAUCUAUAUUUGACAGCUGGCAUUAUUAUUAAAGUAAACGAUUCACAACA